GUUAGUUAACCUCAAGUUAGCUUACGAUUGGCCAUUAAAUUGGCCUGUUCUGGAGGCCUGUUAAUGAUAACAUUUAUUUUUCACUGAUAACAUUGAUAAUAAGCCCGAUAAAGUUGUUAAAUUACUGUUCGUUUUUAAAAGUCAUUGUGUAUUUGGGUUUUGUACUUUUUAAAUUGGUUCACGGAUAUUUUGGCAUAAAAACAUGAACUCAAAACCAGUGAAGAGGUCGAGGAACGUCAAUUUCAAUAGUAGAGAAGAAGAACUGCUAGUGGAAUUAGUGACCACCCACAAGCAUGUUCUUGAGGAUAAGAAAACCGACGCAGUAAUGUGGAAGGAGAAGGAAGCGUGUUGGACAAAACUAGCGUCGGAAUUUAAUAGUCAAUCACUAUUAGUUCCACGCACCGUCCAACAACUUCAAUUGAAGUACAAAAAUUUAAAAAAAGUUGUCAGGAUAAAAAGUGCAUCAAUAAGAUUUGAACAUCUAAAAACAGGUGGUGGAAAAGACCUUUCCCAAGCCCUUAAUUUUAGGGAAGAGAAGCUGAAAAGCAUAAUUCAAUUAUCUGUAGAUGGUCUCCAAUCGGAAUUCGACGAUGAUACUGAAGCCAUCAGUACUGAUAAUUUAGUUAACGACAAUGAAUUAAUGGACAAUGGUGGGUACUAUGAAGACAAAGACAACGAAACAUACUAUGUGACUGUGAUGCAUGAAACUGAGGACUCCAUACCAUCAACAUCAACCAAUAAACAAAAACCAUUCAGGAAAGAAAACAUAGAUAUAGAUGUCCCCAUUAACUAUGAAACUUCUGAGGCAGAAAGAAGCUGUACUGACUUUGGUGCAAGUGUCAGCCAAUGGGACGUGGUAACUCCUCAACACAUAAAACAUGUAAAAAGUACUCCCCUCAGAAAAAAUAAAAAACUUUACAAAAGCCAAUCUGCCGAGGCAACAAACCUCUUGCAGAAAAAGGACAAAUUAGUAGAUUUACAAAUAAAAGCGUUGGAACAGGAAAUAGGAAUAAACGAUGUUAGAAAAAGGAAUGCUAUAUUAAAAGAAGAAAAAAUGAAAUUAGAAAUACAAUUUCUAAAAACCAAAAUAAAUAGUACAAAACAUUAAGUUAUUUUUUUUAGCUAAAAUUUAGAAAAUGUGUGGUUACAUAUAUUAUGUAUAUAUUUAAAAGGUAAAAGUUAUUAUUUUUUUUUUGUUUUUUGUUAUUACAUAAAUUAUGUAUAUAUUUAAAAGGUAAAAGUUAUUAUUUUUUUUUUGU